UUUUAGAAUUAGUUUGUGUCUCAGUUAAUACAGAACUUAGUAUAGUCGUUGGGCUUGUCCCCAACAUCGCCGCUAUACCUAAGUUCAUUCCAAUUUUUACAGUACUAAUUUCUCGGGCAGACACUUUAUGUUCUGUCCUCAAAAUUUAAGUGCAACUUAUUACUUUGUUAUUAUUUUUAAUUUACUUUAUUAAAACAUACUGUUUUAACUUAUAAUAUAAUAUUGAUUUUAUUACUUAUUUCAACAUACCUUCUUUUUUGUGACUCGAUCUAUUAUCAACAACGAGACGUCAAAGCACGUCAUUAAAUAAUUAAGUGUACAAGUGUAGUACGAGAGUACUACAGCGCGUAUUUAUUGUUAAGAAUUACUAAGAAUGUGAUGUUAUUUGCUCAGACGUAUACCUAUUAUUUAUUAAAUUUUAUUCUAAGUUCUAAGUUCGUUAUCCUUAUUAGUGUUUUUUUUAAUUAAAACUAUUUCAUAAUAUAUAAUAUGAAUGAUGAAGAUAAUGUUGUUCAGUGGCUUAUCGAAGAAUUUCCAUCAGACAUUGACACUGAUGUGGAAAACUCGGACAAUGAUGAACUUGAAUUUUUUAAUUAUACAAAAUAUUUUAGUUGAUUAUUUUAUUUUUACUUAUAAAGUUUUAUAUAUUUAGGGAAAUACAAUAAUUAUAAUGAUGACGAAAAAUUAGUGUGCCAUUCAGAGUCAUGCUCAACUCCAGAAUAUCUGCUUUCACCAGAAAGAAGAAGUAAAAUAAGUUUUAUUGUUAAUAGUUUCUCAUUUAUUUGUAUUCUUUAUACAUUAUAAGACUUACCUACGAUUAUGACAAAAUUGCAUUGUCAGGUUUAUUCUCAAAACAAAACAUGUAUCUAGUUAAAUGUACAAACCUAUUUAGGAACUAUAAUAUUUCAAUAUUAAUUUUAUUUUAUAUAAUUAAUGACCCAAAUAAUAUAAUAAUUGGUUAUUUCAUUCUAAUAUAGCUUAUAUAAAUAAUUAAGUUUCAUAUUACACCACACUUUAUGUAUUCUAAUGUACAUUCUAACAAAAGUAUUUAUUUAUUAUUUAGCUAUUACCUAUAUAUGUAAAUAUAAAACAAUAAUUAUAAUUAUAAAAUAGGUUUGUUAGAAUGUAGUCUCAGCCGUCAGUCAAGAAGUGUUUCACCACUUGCACUGUUCUUGAAUAAUGUUGAUGAUGAUCUAAACGUAGAUUCAGUGGUUAUUAUGGAACCAGAAUCAUUCCUGAAGAGGAGAUCUCUACGAAUAUGUACUCCUAAUCAUCGAUGCCCAGUAAGAAGAAUAAAACUAUAUCAAAUAAACUAAAAAAUAAAAAUGUACACAAUAAAGUGACCAAACGUACAUCAACUCAUGUAUCAAAUAACAAAGUGGUUAUUCAUGAUCCUCCUUUGAAAAAACAGAAAGCUUAUUUAUCCGUUGAUGUAGAUGCUCAAGAACCUAAUAUUUCUAUCCUUCGCCAAUGGAAAAAAAGUCAAGAAAUAACUCAAAUUUCCAACAACCGUGAUCAUGAAGGUGCUUAUGAUGUUUUUCCUGAUACUACUGCCACUUCUAUUUUUUUAAAACUUUUGGGUAAUUUACUAGACACAAUUGUUUUUGAGACUAAUCUAUAUGGUACCCAAAAAAAUUUAAACUUAAAUGUAAAACCGUUUGAAAUUUUAAAUUUCAUUGGUAUAAAUUUUCUUAUGGGAUAUAAUAGACUUCCUAGCUGGAGGCAUUAUUGGUCUGGUGCUCAAGAUUUAGGUGUUCCUUUUGUAUCAAAUUGUAUGACAAGGCUCAGAUUUGAUCAAAUUUUAUCCAACCUACAUUUAUAUGAUAAUACUUGCAUUCCAACAAACAACAAGGAUAAGCUAAUCAAACUAAAGCCUAUGAUAAAUCAUCUCAAUUAUAUUUUUAAUGAAGUAUACAGUGGAACCAAAGAAUUGUCUGUAGACGAAUCAAUGAUUAUAUUCAAAGGAAGAAGUUCUAUCAAACAGUAUAAUCCGAUGAAACCGAUAAAGCGAGGAUACAAACUGUGGUGCUUGUCAGACCAAAAAGGCUAUACUAAAAAAUUUAUUGUUUAUCAAGGUAAAGAAGAAAUUUUCGACGAUUUCAAAGAGUUUGGUCUUGGAGAGAGAGUUGUAUUACAACUAACUAAAGAGGAAUGGAAUAAAAAUAAACUAUUCUUUUUCGAUAAUUAUUUUACAUCCAUUGGUCUAUUGGAAAAAUUAAAAGCUGAAGGAUGUUUGGCUUGUGGAACAAUACGGUCAAAUAGAAGAGGUAUUCCUGAACUUCAAGAUGACAAAAAAUUGGAAAGAGGUACUGUUGAUUACCAAUUUUCAAAUACAGGAAUAGGCAUUUAUAAAUGGAAGGAUACAAAAUCAGUUUUUUUUGCUUCCAAUUAUCAUGGUUCUGAACAAACAAGCGUUCUCCGAAAAAACAAACAAGGUGUAUCAAUGGUAGUCCCUAGUCCACAAGUUGCCAAAGAUUAUAAUAAUUACAUGGGUGGUGUGGACCAUGCUGAUCAGCUGAGAUCUUCAUAUGCAGUAAAUAGAAGAUCUAAAAAGUGGUGGCACAGAUUAUUCUGGGGAAUGUUAGACAUUUUAUUUGUCAAUUCUUUUAUUAUUUAUAAAGAAUUAAAUGGUCUUAUAUCACUUUUGGAGUACAGAAGGAUAUUAUCUCAAGGACUAAUUACUCAAAAAGAAUUACCAACACCCACAAGAGGAAUGUUUAAAAAAAAAGUUUCUCCAGAUUGUAAUGCAAAAAUUAAUAAGAAACGCAGAGGGAAAAAGUUUUCAAUCCCUGAUGAAGUACGUUUUGGAAAUCGUGGUAUACAUUGUCUAAAAUUUGAUAAAUUAAGAGGUAGAUGUGAAAGAACAUUAGUUCAAGUCAAAAAAUGCUGGAACAAUAUUAAAACUAAAAGAAAAUCAGAAAUAACUGCCCAUAAACAAAGAUUAAGAACAGGGGGUGGUCCAGAAGUACCUAAACUAUUAGAAAACCCAGCAAUUGACCAAUUUGCAAACAUCGCACUUGAAAUACCAGGUUCCAUUGAUAGUGAUAUACAAUGUACCGUUACACCUGAUGAAACUUUGGAAUUUACUUGUUUUGAUGAUGAGAAUCUAUCUGAUUCAAAUGAUAAUGAUGUUCAAACUUUCACUAAAAAUAUUGAAAAUGAAGUAACUUUUAAACAGUUUAGUAAUGAGAAUGUGACUAGAACUAAGAAGGAAAAGCAACAUCAUAAAAUCAAUAAUUUGAAUUUUACUUCUGAGAUAUCAUCUAGAAUGGAAAGACUUGAAAAUCAAAAAAAAAAAUAUGAAGAAAUGCAUGUCGCCAGGCUGCCCAAAGAUAUGAGAUUUAUGCAUAAAAAAGGGUAA